AUGCCUGGAAAUCAAGCGUCUGCCGUGCCGCAGGGAGAUCGUCAGAGGAGAGCGAGGCCGGAGUCUGAGGAUGUCACGGAUCAACCCGCUGCGACACGAAUAAGAGUGGAGGAGGCGCGGCGACCACAGUGGACCAUUAGCAGCACCGUAGAGGACAUCCUGCUGGAGGGAAGCACUAACAGGACCGAAAUGAAGCUGAACGAUUUCCUCCGGAGCAACUUGGGCGAGGAGUGGGUUGUGGAAAGAAAUGGGAACGUCACGAUGGGGAAUUUUGUUCAGAAUCCCGAGACGUUUAUCAAAAAGAAAGGGUUAUUACACACAAUAAAGGCAUCGCCGUCAUACAGAGAGCUGGAGGCUAUUAAUAAGCUUCAUCACGAGGGUGUGCUCUCUCUCGAGCAAUGGAGGGACUAUGAAGGAAAGGAUACGGUCACUCCACUUGCAAGGAGAAAUCUAAACAGAGUACUCACUCAAUUACUGAGAGAAGAAAGCCGUGAGGCGGAAGAAAGGGCAGUGCGUGAGGAACAUGUAGGAUUUGCCCUAACUACUACGAUCAGGGAUGUGCUAUUUAGAGGGAGAGUUCGCGUCAUGGACGUAAAGCUGAAUGAUUUUCUUAUGAUGGAAUUGGAAGGCAGAGGCAUUUUGCGCGCCAAUCGGAAUGUCUUACUGAGGGUUUUUUUCAGUGAUCCCACGAGUCAUAUCCGCGAUGCGGGAGUAUUGAACGAAAUACGGGCAUCAGGUGCUUAUGCGGAGAUGGAGAUGGCUGUACGGGAGGAAAUGGGUUUGGAAGAAGUUGCACGCAGGCUUAGCGAGAAUGGUGUCAACAGUCUAGCAGCGUGGUCAUUAGCUGCUGAGGAGGUAAAAGCAUGUGUUCGCGACGACACUAAAAUCUCAUUGAAUGCAGCCCUUGAGGAGGUGAGGAACCCAACGACGUCGAGCGCACCGAUAUACCUGGAGGGAGAGUACGAGUCUGUGUACAAUGCGAGGUGGCAUCAUGUCGUGGAAGUUCCUGACGGCGGGGGGACGGUAAUGAAGGUGAAGGAGGGGAAACCAGAACAGCAAUGGACUUACAAGGCAGCUGGCAGAACUUUCGAAAAGGAUGACGGUGCGCAGCAAUCCGGUGCACCACGUCUCAGGCUGAUGGUGCUUAACUCGGACAAGGGAUGGCCGUACUCGUGGAAAUGGAAGGAGAAGGAAUCCAUUCAUGACUGCUAUGUGAACUGUGAGGUGGAGCGAGUGUGGCAGAUCGUCAAAAAGGAUCUAAGCGAAUUCCUCAGCCCUGACGAUGAGCCCGGCUUUGUGCCUGGGCGACGUGUGCUGAUUGGGACGCCCGGGAUCGGGAAGUCGAUGGCUGCCGGUUCGUACCUCCUUUACCAGCUGCUGCACUACGAUGCGGAGCAACUCCCAAUGGUUGCGUACUUUAUUGCGGAUCGAACUUUUCUGUUUGACAAGACCACCCGAGUGGCGUCAGUGUACAAGGGUGACGACAGUAUUUUCCGUAUUGUGAGCAGUUUCUCUGGGCGUGGGGUGAAAGGGGUAUGUCAUUUACGAU